AUGGCUCGCGACGUGGAGGCGCUGGACCUGCCGGCGUGGAGCAGGGCCUCAGGUCCGUCCCAGGGACCCCAGUGCAGAGAUGCAAUGGCUCAUCUUGAUUCUGAGGUGAAAGAAGAACGUCUGAGAGAAGACCUGAGGUUUUAUUUCAUGAACCCUUGUGAAAAAUUCCGAGCCAGACAACAGAUUCCAUGGAAAAUGGGUUUGCAGAUUUUGAAGAUAGUCAUGGUCACUACCCAGCUUGUUCGUUUUGGUUUAAGUAACCAGCUGGUCGUUGCUUUCAAAGAAGAAAACACUGCUGCUUUUAAGCACCUGUUUUUGAAAGGAUAUUCUGGUUCAGAUGAAGAUGAUUACAGUUGCAGUGUGUAUACCCAAGAGGACACAUAUGACAGCAUCUUUUUUGCUAUUAAUCAGUUUCAUCGGCUAAGGAACUUAUCUCUGGGAACCCUUGGUUAUGGAGAAAGCGAAGACAACAGGAUUGCUUUAAAAGUCUGUAAGCAGCAUUACAAGAAAGGGACCAUGUUUCCUUCUAAUGAGACACUGAAUAUUGACAGCGACAUUGAAAUAGACUGCAUUCACCUAGACCUUGAGGCACUCUCCAAGGACCCUCAGGACUGGAAGAAUUCAUCAUUCUUCAGACUGGAAUUUUAUCGCCUCUUGCAAGUUGACAUCUCCUUUCAACUCAAAGGCAUUGACCUGCAGACGAUUCAUUCCCGAGAGCUUCCAGACUGUUACGUCUUUCAGAACAUGAUAAUCUUUGACAAUAAAGCUCACAGUGGCAAAAUCAAAAUCUAUUUUAACAUUGAUGCCAAAAUCGAGGAAUGUAAAGACUUGAAAAUCUCUGGAUCUAUUCAGAAAAACACUCAGUAUGUCCUGGUGUUUGAUGCAUUUGUCAUUGUGAUUUGCUUGGCAUCUCUUAUCCUGUGCACAAGAUCCAUUGUUCUUGCGCUGAGGUUACGAAAGAGAUUCCUAAAGUUCUUCCUGGAGAAGUACAAGCGACACGUGUGUAAUGCCGACCAGAGGGAAUUUAUCAACCAAUGGUAUAUCCUGGUGAUUAUCAGCGACCUCCUGACAAUAAGUGGAUCCGUGUUAAAAAUGGAAAUUAAAGCCAAGAAUCUCACAAACUACAAUCUGUGCAGCAUUUUGCUUGGAACGUCUACACUCUUUGUCUGGGUUGGCGUCAUCCGAUACUUGGGUUACUUCCAGGCAUAUAAUGUGCUCAUUUUAACAAUGCAAGCCUCAUUGCCAAAAGUUCUUCGCUUCUGCGCCUGUGCUGGUAUGAUCUAUUUGGGUUACACCUUCUGCGGCUGGAUUGUCUUAGGACCGUAUCACAACAAGUUUGAAAAUCUGAACACGGUUGCUGAGUGUCUGUUUUCUCUGGUCAACGGUGAUGACAUGUAUGCGACCUUUGCUCACAUCCAGCAGAAGAGCCACUUGGUGUGGCUGUUCAGUCGCCUGUAUUUAUAUUCCUUCAUCAGCCUUUUCAUAUACAUGAUUCUCAGCCUUUUCAUUGCAAUUAUUACAGACUCUUAUGACACCAUUAAGAAAUACCAACAGAAUGGGUUCCCUGCCACGGAUCUUCAGGAAUUCCUGAAGGAGUGUAGUAGCAAAGAGAAGUGUCAGGAAGAGUCACCAGCCUUCCUGUCCAGCAUCUGCUGUCUGAGGAGGAAUAGAAGUGAUGACCAUUUGAUACUUAUUAACUGAAAUCCUCCUGCUGACGAUGAUCAAGUUUCAGGUCUCCAUA